UAAGAUCCUAUAAAAUAUACAGCGCGCUUCUCCAUUGUUAUUGAGUUGUUGAAGACAUUAGAAUCACAACACACUGGUUUACAGUAUCAGUAACCAUCUAGAUACAAACAUGGGACUAGACAUUUUAACGAUUCUACUGUCAGUUCUGGUGCUGCUCAGUGGAUCAUCCGCUCUGGACUGUGGAGACGGAUGGACUCUUCGUGCUGGUACUACACUCUGCUAUCGUCUUGAGACUGCCGGUAAGACUUGGGACAACGCUAAAGAUGCGUGCAUUGGCUUUGGUGGAGGUUUGACCACAGUUGAUGAUACCGCUGAGAAAGCUCAUGUUGGAGCCAUGUCAGAUAUAGCUAACAAUUACAUGUGGAUUGGACUGACGGACUUGGAGGGUCAAGGCAUCUGGAACUGGCAAGCUUCACCGUGUAUGUCCUUCGUCGACUUCCGAGCAGGAGAACCAAAUUAUGGUAACGGUGGAAGGGAAUGUGCCAUGCUUCUUAAGAAAGGUAGCAACUACCAAUGGGACGACGUUAGAUGCUCCAACUUGUUCCCAUACGUUUGCAGAAAAGAUAUAGGUCCACAAUCAGAGAAUAAUACGGACUGUGAUAACUCGUGUAAGACAACUACUGACUGUGUAGGAUACACCUACAAAAGCGGCGAAUGUACCCUACACGUGAAGAAGGCCGCAGGCUCUAGAAAUGGUGUAACAACUACCAUCGUUACAUGUGUGAAAUUGGUUGCACCUUCUACGGCCGCACCCACUCCACAAACCCCUGCUCCUGCUGCCCCAACCCCAGCUCCAGUCAACAACAACCCAGCCCCGGCCCCCAUGACCCCACCACCAAGAAGACACAGACACUGGUGGUCAGAUGGUGAUGGUGAUGGCGAUAGUGCUGCUGUAGAUGGUGAUGGUGAUGGUGAUGGCGAUAGUGCUGCAAAUGGUGAUGGCCAUAGUGCUGAGGAUGGUGAUGGUCAUAGCUCUGAGGACGGUCAUGGUCAUAGUUCUGAGGAGGACGACCUGAUAUACGAGCGAUCACGAGGGUCCCAUUCCCACAGCGCGUCUGCUGAUUAUGACCGAAGGCGACCUCUAUCCCCUGCUGCUGCAAGAAGAAUGCGUCUGAUUCAACGACUCCUUGAAGAGGAAUAUGACGAUUUCGAAAACAGAGACAGGCCCAACUGUAAAUCCCCGGACAAACUCAACUAUGUCGUCAUCAAUAAUAAUUAGUGACGUCAACACCUUCAACCUUUGAACACAAAAGUGUAAACAGGCAUUUCAUUGUUAACUAUUAACAUUUAACAUGCACCCGUUUUUAGACAACAGUUAAGGAGUGUUAUAUUUAUUAUUAAUGUGACAAUUGUAUCAGUGAUAAAGACCAACAUCUUAACAUUUCUAUUGCAAACAUUUGUUUUCUUUGCACCAAAAACACAUAAUUAAGUAAUCUGUAUGAUUUAAAUUGAAUAAUAGAAGUACUAUUUUUAAAAUGUGACCCACGUUUUGUAGUUUGGAUAGUUCAACAUUUUGUUUGAAAAAAAAUGAAAAUACUUUAAGUAAGAUUUUUAUUUAAAUUAAAGUAAAAUUGAAAUUAA